AGGUCCGGCGGCGGGCGGGGCCCAGGCGCUAUGGGGGAAGCAGCGGUGCUGGUUCCCCCGUCCCUGGGCAAGGGCAUCCUGCGUUACCUACCCCCCCCCCGUGUGCUGCUGUGGCACAGACUCGUAGGCCUGGAAGAAACCUCGAGACUUGAGAGGUCACCCAGUCCCCUGCACUCCUACAUGGGGCAUGGACAUGAACAUCGUCCUGGGAAAAUGGAACUCCCUGACUAUAAACAAUGGAAGAUAGAGGGUACUCCGCUACAGGAUGUCCAAGAAAGACUGGCUAGGCGGGGUCUUAGAGAUCCAUGGCUUCGCAAUGACGCAUGGAGAUAUAUGGGUGGCUUUGCAAAACCUGUCACUGUUCUGGACGUUCUCACCAAAGGUUUCAAGUGGGGAUUCGUAGCCUUUGUGGUAGCACUUGGGGUCGAGUACGCACUGUUUCCUCCGAAGAAAAAUGGAGGACAUCACUGAAAAUGGAAUAGCAGAACUUCUCGAAGUUAUUUACACAGUUCUAAAUUAAAACAUGUUAUACAAUAGCUUACUGCUUUUGUUGCACGUGUAAAGAUGCCUAUUAAAAUUUCUCAUUGGCAAGA